AUGACAAAACGAAAACCUUUGAUAAUUGGAGAUAGAUAUAUACCCACAUUUUCUUCCAUACAAGCUUAUAAAACUGAUUCGAUAUCACCAAGUCAUUCAAUAAAUCCGCAUAGUAAUCAAGCCAGUCCAAAUAAUUCCUUGAUUGAUAAUUCCACCAUUUAUCCUGUUAGAGUGUCAUUUGAUAGCACACACUCUUCAGAUUCCUCAUCAUCUUCAAGUAUCACUAGUUCUUCUUCCUCAAAUCAAUAUCCUAGUAAUGCACAUCAAAAAAUAGUUGCUGAAGCAUUAGAUUUUAACAGAGACUCAAAAGUGUUCCAAUAUAAUCAAAUAUAUACUCAUGAAACAACUCAGAAUUUAUUGCUGUCUAAAGUUGAUUCAUUAAACUCUGGUUCUUCUUCACCUCCCAAAAAAACUCGAGAUCAAAUUAAAACAAUUCUUGCUUCUGAUAUUUUACAAGCACCAGGAUUAAGAAAUGAUUAUUAUUCAAAUUUAAUAAGUUGGUCACAAAAAACAAAUAAAGUUGUAGUCGGAUUAGGCUCAAAAAUUUAUCUUUGGGGUUCAGAAGGUAUAGUUACUCAAAUAAAUUAUAAUAUUGAUGAAUUAAUUACUUCUGUAAGUUGUUCUUUAGAUUAUUGGAUUUUAGCUGCUACUGCAAAUGGUAAAAUUUUAUUAAUUGAUCAAAGAGAAGAUAACAAUGUAGUCUUAGCUGAAUAUAAAUUAGAUGAUGAUAAAUGUGUUUUUUGUUUUGCUUGGUUUGGUGAUUCUUUACACUUUUUAGCUGGUGAUGAUAGUGGACUUGCUAUUAAUUCAAAUAAUGAUGAAGUUGUGGUUGGCGCAAAUGAUAACUGUUGUACAAUCUGGAGUUUAAAAGAUUAUAAAUCACCAAUUUUAAAAUUCAUUUUACACCAUAAUGCAGCUAUAAAGGCACUUGCUUAUUGUCCAUGGACUUCAUCUUUAUUAGCAACAGGAGGAGGUUCAAAAGAUCGUAAAAUUAGAUUUUGGCAUACAUCAAGUGGUACAUUAUUAAAAGAAUAUUAUACAGAUGGUCAAAUAACUUCAUUAAUUUGGUCAAGAUUUAAAAAAGAAAUUGUUGCAACUUUUGGAUUUGGUGGUUCAACAAAAUCAAAUUUAUUAAGAGUUUAUUCUUAUCCUGAUAUGAUACCAACUUUAGAAGUUAAUGCAAGUGGAAAUUUAAGAAUUUUAAGUGCUUGUUUAAGUCCUGAUUAUUCAUCAAUUUGUGUUGCAACAAAUGAUUCAACUAUAAGAAUUUAUCAUAUUUGGAAUAAAUCAAUUGAAAUAAAAUCAAAUUCAAGUAAUGAUUCAAGAUUAGUUGGUGCUUAUGGUAGUGAAAUUAUUGAUUUAAUUGAGGGAAUUACAAAAAGUAAUCCUGUAAUAAGGUGA